AUGCCCUUUAUUUCGAAAGAUUGGCGCUCGCCCGGCGAUUCCUGGGUGAAGACUGACGAAGGAUGGGAAAAGCUGAAGGUGCUCGAGUGUGUCAAGCGGAAACGGUGCAUUUCGGAGUGCAGCAAUACUAGUGACACUGAAAAUGAUAAUGAGAAUGGUGACAACGAAGUAGUACCACCACACUGUCACAUUACGCUGAAGUGUACUCGCGAGAUUGCCGGUUUCAAUGGACUUGGCGAGGCGGUUCGACGGCUAGACUUUCGCAGCUCGGUGCGCGAUGGCCGCCGAUUUAACUAUGUGUGCGCCCUGUUGCGUUUGCUCGUGUCCAGCAAAGGAAUCACCAGUCUUCCGGGCGGUGCCCAACGGCUAUUGCUGCAGAUGCUGGAGGAAGUGGCCACGCACGUAAGCGACUCGCAGCAGAACAUUAAUGUGUUGCGUGGUCUGGUACAGCAGCUGCGUGCGCUGCUAAAUCAGGAGAAUCAAAAGUGCUGGGGCAAACCGCUCGGUAGCCAAACGUUGUGGGCUGAGCAUGUGCAAACAAUCCAGCGCAUACAGGAUAUAGCUAGUCAGAUUGAAAUUAAGGAGCCCGGUCCAAACAUUCGUCCAAAACUACACGACCUGCCCGAGGAGUGUGUGCGAGAAAUCAUACUCCGAAUCACCGACUACAAGGACCUGGAAGCUUCUGCUUCCGCAUGGUCGCUAAUGGCGGCCCUCAUCUCCGAACAACGUGUUUGGCGUGAGCUGUCGCACUAUCACUUUACCAAGCAGCAAAUUGAUGUGAUAUUAGAGAAGAUGUGUCUGCAGGAUACGAAGGAGCGGCACCGCAACUGGCAAGCGAUCUAUCACGCCUUGAGAAAAAUGUAUGGAGUACGCGAAGAGUUACAGUAUGCGGAAAUUUUAGCCUUCUGUCGGCUGUGUCGUUGCCUGUUCUGGCCAUCCGCCGGACACCCUUGUAUCGUUGACCAGUGUCCCGACUUUCGGCAACGCGUCCAAGAAGCGGGCAAUAGCAAUAACAACGAAACGCAACCCGUACCGCCGGCAAAGUUUCUGCAAUACUUUUCACUGUAA